AUUUUGAAAUUGAAAUUCAAAUCCAAAAGUCCAAAAGCUUGUCAUGGAAGCCAGUCCAUUCAAGAAAUGGUCCAUCCAUCUUCUACUCCUAUGGCCAAACCCAAAAUUUGGCGCCAAACCUAAUUCGAAUUCACAAGAACCGCAUUUUCUUUACAGUUAUUUUAGCUCAACACAAUUGAUGUAGAAAUAAUUGAUUUGCUUUUGGUUCCAUUAAAUUGCAGCACAAAAAGUAGAGAUCAAUCAUCAAUCAGGUUGAUCCAACCUACCUCCAGCUCCUCCUUCCCCUGCUAGGCUGCUACCCCCCUUCAAUUUGGCGGGAGAACUUCAAAAAUCCCAAAUUAGUGGGAAACCCAAGAAACCCUAAUAUUUAAAUCAUUUUUUUAAAACCCAUUUUUGUGUCUCUAUAUAUAUAUUCUUGAUUCGUGUUAGCACCCCCAGACUGUUAGUUAAAAUUUCCUACGGAGAAAACCCCAAAUUUAGGAGAGGAAAAUGUAUGUGGUGACGAGGGACAGGAAGCAGGAGACAGUACACUUUGACAAGAUAACGGCGAGGUUGAAGAAACUGAGCUACGGGCUGAGUAGUGAACACUGCGAUCCGGUGUUGGUGGCGCAGAAAGUCUGUGCCGGGGUCUACAAGGGGGUCACUACCGGCCAACUCGAUGAAUUGGCUGCCGAGACUGCUGCAGCUAUGACGGCUAAUCAUCCCGACUAUGCUUCCUUGGCUGCAAGGAUAGCUGUUUCAAAUCUUCAUAAGAACACCAAGAAAUUAUUUUCUGAGACGAUCAAAGAAAUGUAUAACCAUGUCAGUGAGAGGUCAGGACUUCAGGCUCCUUUAAUUGCUGACGAUGUUUAUGAGAUCAUUAUGAAGAAUUCUGCCCGACUUGACAGUGAGAUCACAUAUGACAGAGACUUUGAAUAUGAUUACUUUGGUUUUAAAACCCUUGAAAGGUCUUAUCUUUUAAAGAUCCAAGGGAAGGUUGUGGAGAGGCCUCAACACAUGUUGAUGAGGGUUUCUGUAGGAAUCCACAAGGAUGACAUUAAUUCAGCUAUUAAAACUUAUCAUCUCUUGUCUCAGCGAUGGUUUACUCAUGCAUCUCCUACACUUUUUAAUGCUGGAACACCGAGGCCUCAAUUGAGCAGCUGCUUCUUGAUAUGCAUGAAAGAAGAUAGCAUUGAGGGCAUAUAUGAUACACUGAAGGAGUGUGCUGUCAUCAGCAAAUCAGCUGGAGGAAUUGGUGUUUCUGUGCAUAACAUCCGUGCAACUGGAAGUUAUAUUCGGGGAACGAAUGGGACAUCCAAUGGUAUUGUUCCAAUGCUGAGAGUGUUCAAUGAUACAGCUCGAUAUGUGGAUCAGGGGGGUGGCAAGAGGAAAGGUGCUUUUGCUGUGUAUUUAGAGCCAUGGCAUGCUGACAUCUUUGAGUUCCUUGAUCUGAGGAAAAACCAUGGAAAGGAAGAACACCGUGCCAGAGAUCUGUUUUUUGCACUUUGGGUGCCUGAUUUAUUUAUGCAAAGAGUCCAAUCAAACGGACAAUGGUCAUUGUUUUGUCCAAAUGAGGCUCUGGGGUUGGCUGAUUGUUGGGGUGAAGAGUUUGAGAUUUUAUAUACAAAAUAUGAGAAUCAGGGAAAAGCCAAGAAGGUUGUCCAGGCACAAAAUUUAUGGUUUGAAAUAUUAAAAUCUCAGAUUGAAACUGGAACUCCUUAUAUGUUAUAUAAGGACACUUGUAAUAGAAAAAGCAACCAGCAGAAUCUGGGCACCAUUAAAUCCUCUAACUUAUGCACUGAGAUAAUUGAGUACUCAAGUCCUAUUGAAACUGCUGUGUGCAAUCUGGCGUCAAUCGCUCUACCUCGAUAUGUUAGAGAGAAGGGUGAAAUGGAUAGAAGGUGGGGGAUGGGGUUGGACGGCGACGAGGGAAAAGGUGAGGAAUUCGAGAUUGUCGAGGGCGGUAGGUUGUGUAGAAAGAGAAUUGAGGAAGGCAACGGGUUGGUAUAG